AGAGUUGCAACAGUGUUUGGUGAGACGCGUUAGUUUGAACAGCUUUGAUUACUACUCUAGGUGCGUAAAAUCCACUGUGCGUAUUUACGCAUUUGAAUCUUCAACAGCAGACGUAUUUUAGAAUUGUCGCUUACUAGCUGAGCUUGGUGAGGUUCCUUUGGAGAAGAGGAGAUAUGGAUUUGGGGUAUCUGGUGUGUUUAGCGCUGAGCAUCGGUGCUUGGUUCGCCUGUGCGGAGAGACACAGCGUCUACUGGAACGGCUCGAACCCAAACUUCCUGUGGGACGAGUACACAGUGAACGUGCGCAUCAACGACUAUCUGGACAUCAUCUGCCCCCACUACGCUCACGGCGAGGUGCCAUCGCAUUCAGCCGAGCGCUACGUGCUGUACAUGGUGGAGAGGGAAGACUACGAGGUGUGCAAGCCUCACUCCUUCGACCAGCUUCGUUGGGAGUGCUCGCGGCCAUUCGCUCCCCAUGCGCCUGAGAAAUUCUCUGAGAAAUUCCAGCGUUUUACUCCCUUCACCCUCGGCAAGGAGUUCAGACAAGGAGAGAGCUAUUAUUAUAUCUCCAAGCCAAUGCAUCACCACGGCCAGGAGUGUUUAAGGCUGAGAGUGGAUGUUGUCGGGCAUAAAGGAACUGGAAAGCCCAAUCAAGAUAAGUCCAAGGCGGAAGAUACAGGAAAAAGCCCAGAUGGAGGAAAAGGGAAGUUUCCUGCUGCUGCUGGAGGAGUUCACAACCCGUCUAACCGGCUCCCAGCAGAUGACCCUGCUGUGAUGGAGCCAAAUGUCCAGAGGAGCAUCGGCAGCUCAGGAGCACAGCUGGUCUCCUUGUCGCUCUUCUUCACCACCAUCCCAGUCCUAUUAGGCCUGAUGCUACACUAAGGCUGAGCCGGAUGCCACAGCAGAGACAAUGCUAAGCCAAUGCUGGCCAUUGGGACCACAAAUGAGCUCUCAAAGACUUUUUUAUGAACAGAUUUUUUUUAUACAAGAGUGGACAGUGUGUGUUUGUGUGUGUUUGUUUGCGUGAAUGUGGAACGUGGAUCGUUCCAAAGAAGAGGACCUUUUUUUUAUGACUUUAUAAUGAGGAUGGAAGUUCUCAUUUUUAAGAUGCACUCUUUUUUUCGGUCAUUACGAACAAAACUGCGAGCAAACUGAUCAAAAAUACAUAAUGGGUAGUAUCUUUUUUUCAGUCAUUACGAACAAAACUGCGAGCAAACUGAUCAAAAAUACAUAAUGGGUAGUAUCAAAUUUGAAGAAUGACAAGAGGAUUACAUUAUCUUCGUUAUCCUGUGUUUUCACCAUUGGUACAAAGCUGCAUUACACUCCUCAUCUCCAGGUGUUAAUGUCAUUUAUUUUUCUUCCUCUACAUGUAGAGACAUUAUUAAUUCUGUGUAUUGGAAAUGUUGUCGUCGACUGCCAAAGUGGUAUGCAUUAUGUAGGAUUUUUUUUUGUCAUGUUGUUGUGUAGCACUCAGCUCCCUGUUAAAUCUCCCUGAGUCUGUUAUAUCUAUUCAAGUCUGUCAAAGCACCACUGAUACAAAAGCAGUCACUGUGGUUUAGAUGAACAUACACAUUCAGUUCAGUUAUAAGACAACACAAGAAAACAAAUUGUCUUAUUCAGACCAGUGGUUCUCAACCUUUUUUUCUGCCUUUUUUGGCUCACAAGCCCUUAAAGUGAUGCCUACAGCUGCCCAUGCAGAUUAAACAGUAAAGUUAAUUGUGCUUUUUUACGUUUGAUAAUAUUAAAAAUUUGAUUUGGAUCCUGCCCAGGGACAACAGAUGCAAAUUAGCCACUAGCUAACUCUGUUGCAAUUACUUUUAAUUGUACGCCGUGCCUGCAAAAACAAACAAUAAUAAAAUACAUUUAUUUUUUGUGUCACAAGUCGUCACUAGUCGAUUACGUGUUCUCCGGAGGGAUUGUGACCUGAGGUUGAGCGCCACGCAGACACAUUAAGAUUCAUUAUAUAACUAACAGGGGUUUUAGGGAGCUGAGCUUCUCCAGUGCUUAUGGUAAUUCAUUCAUUUCUACUGUACAUGGUACACUGGUGUGCAGAUGUGGUUCCACUCGCACAUUGUCAAACCUCAAACUGAAGGGAAUUCCCAGAAUACACUUACAGAUGUUUGUUUUCUUGUUCUGGUGUCAUUUUGUAAAUGUUUAUAUGUAAAUGUGUAUAUAGAAAAAACUAUAAGAAACUGUUUUAUGAUGUGAAAAAAAUCUUCAGUGAAAUAAAAAAAAGUGAUGUAAUGAAAA